AAAACCCUAAUCUCUCAUACUCUCUUUUACAUCCCCAAACGGCCAAACCCCCGCCUUAUUCCCCUCUUAAACCCUCCAUUUCCUCUCUCCUCAAUCCUCCAUUUUCUCUUCCAAAAAUCAAAAGCAACAAAAAUUAUGGAAGCUCAAAAAGUGAAAUCCGACUUAGUUUUAAUCUUGGAUUUCGGGUCCCAGUACACUCAUCUCAUCACACGUCGAAUCCGGGCACUUUCCGUCUUCUCCCUUUGUAUCUCCGGCACAUCCCCUCUCAAAGCCAUCACCGACUUAAACCCACGUGUAAUCAUUCUCUCCGGUGGGCCCCACAGUGUCCACGCGCCUGACGCGCCGGUGUUCUGCGACGGGUUCAUCGAAUACGUUGAAAAGAAUGGUAUUCAUGUUCUGGGUAUCUGCUAUGGUCUGCAACUGAUUGUGCAGAAGCUUGGAGGUUUGGUUAAGAUUGGGGAAAAGCAGGAAUAUGGGAAGAUGAAUAUUGAGGUGAUUUCUGAGAAUAGCUCGUUUUUUGGGAAUUGGAUUAAGGGGGAUAAACAGGAUGUUUGGAUGAGUCAUGGUGAUGAGGUUUCGAAACUUCCUGAUGGGUUUAAGGUUGUUGCUGUUAGUCAACAAGGUGCUGUUGCUGCUAUUGAGAAUCCUUCUAGAAAGUUCUAUGGCCUCCAAUAUCAUCCUGAGGUUACACAUUCGCCUCAAGGAAUAAAGACAUUGCGCUACUUUCUCUUUGAUGUUUGUGGGAUCAAUGCAGACUGGAAUAUGGAGGAUGUAUUGAAUGAAGAAAUUAAAGUUAUUAAGGAAACCGUAGGCACUGAUGAUCAUGUCAUUUGUGCUUUAUCUGGUGGCGUGGAUUCCACUGUUGCUGCUACCCUUGUUCACAGGGCCAUAGGAGACAGACUUCAUUGUAUCUUUGUAGAUAAUGGCUUGUUAAGGUAUAAGGAGCAAGAGCGUGUGAUGAGUACCUUUAAGGAACACCUUCACCUCCCUGUAACUUGUGUUGAUGCAACCGAGCAAUUUCUUAGCAAAAUGAAGGGUGUUGCAGACCCUGAGACGAAAAGGAAGAUAAUUGGAAAAGAAUUCAUUUGUAUUUUUGAUGAAUUUGCACAAGAACUGGAGAAAAAAUUGGGGAAGAAACCUGUUUACUUAGUACAAGGAACUCUAUAUCCAGAUGUUAUUGAAUCCUGCCCACCUCCUGGAAGUGGAAGAAAUCAUUCGCACACCAUCAAGAGUCAUCAUAAUGUUGGUGGACUUCCGAAGGACAUGAAGUUGAAGCUCAUUGAACCCUUAAAACUUUUAUUUAAGGACGAGGUACGGGCAUUGGGGAAGAUCUUGGAUAUCCCUGAGGGUUUUUUGAAGCGUCACCCAUUUCCAGGACCAGGGCUCGCUGUGCGUGUUCUUGGUGAUGUUACUGAAGGAAAUCAUUUGGAAAUUCUUCGACAGGUUGACGAGAUAUUUAUCCAAUCAAUCAAAGAUGCGGGACUUUAUGAUGAAAUUUGGCAAGCUUUCGCUGUUUUCUUGGGCAUUCUAUCAGUAGGAGUUCAAGGUGAUCAAAGAACUCAUUCACAUGUUGUAAGCCUAAGAGCUGUUACAAGUCAAGAUGGGAUGACAGCUGAUUGGUAUCGGUUUGAUUCAGAGUUCCUUGAUCAGGUGUCCCGUAAAAUUACCAACAAUGUUCGGGGUGUGAACCGAGUUACACUGGACAUAACAUCAAAGCCUCCUUCAACCAUUGAGUGGGAAUGAUGUGAUAAUUUUUUAGAUGAUUUGAGUCGAAUUUUUGAUUUUUUAGGCAAACUCUUUUUCGUUAAUCCUAUUAUUAAAUUGGGUUAUUUACCCUUGAUGAACAACUUACUAUGGUGAUGAAAUUGAGAAUUUAUGAAGAUUUAUUCAAAGUUAUGUGCUUCA